AUUUGAAGAGCACCUGCUGCAGAGUUAGGCUUACCUCGCACAACAGUCAAGUCUGAAACAACUGACCAUGGGGGCUUUCAUUUUCUUUUCCUUCAUGCUCCUGGCCAUGUUCUCAGCAUCUUCAACCCAGAUUUCAAAUACCAGUGUUUUCAAACGAGACCAGAAUCCAGAAGCUGCACAUAUUCUGGAGGAAAAAAAUGAAGCUAACCACCUAGGAGGACAAAGGGAUUCUAAUAAGCAAGGAGGUAGUUAUACACAAGGAAAUACAGGAACAUUUAGUCUUCAAGGACAACCAGGAUAUUUUAACAAGCUAGGGAAUCCAAGGAAUUUUAAGCAAGGAAGACCAGGAGUUUUGAACCAGCCUGGGAUUUUAAAGAAUUCAGGAAAAUCUAACCAAAAAGGGAAUCCAGAAUCUUCUAAUAUGCAAGAAAAAUCAGGAUCUUCUAGCAAACUAGGGAAACCAGUAUUUUCUACCCAUCAGAGAAAUCCAGGGUCAUCUGGCCAACAAGGGAAACCAGGGUCAUUUAGCCAGAAAGUGAUGGUGGAGUCAUCUAGCCAACAGGGGAAGCCAGGAUCAGCUAGCCAACAAGGGAAUCUAGGGUCAUCUACCCAGAAAGGGAAUUUAGGAUCUUCUAGUCAACAAGGGCAUCUAGGGUUAUCUAGCCAUCAAGGGAAACCAGAGUCAUCUAGCCAGCAAGGGAAGCCUGGGUCAUCUAGCCAACAAGGAAAUCUAGGAUCUUCUAGCCAGCAGGGGAAACCAGGAUCUUCUAGCCAGCAGGGGAAACCAGGAUCUUCUAGCCAACAGGGGAAGCCAAGGUCAUCUAGCCAACAAGUAAAUGUGGGAUCUUCUAGCCAACAAGGGAAACCAGGGUCUUCUAGCCAUCAAGGGAAGCCAGGGUCAUCUAGCCAACAAGAAAAUCUAGGAUCUUCUAGCCAACAAGGAAAACCAGGGUCUUCUAGUCAUCAAGGGAAGCCGGGGUCAUCUAGCCAACAGGGGAAGCCAGGGUCAUCUAGCCAUCAAGAGAAACCAGGGUCAUCUAGCCAACAAGGGAAGCCAGGGGCAUCUAGUCAACAAGGAAAUCUAGGGUCAUCUGGCCAGCAAGGAGAUCUAGGAUCUUCUAAGCAGCAGGGGAAGCCAGGGACAUCUAGCCAGCAAGGAGAUAUAGGGUCAUCUGGCCAGAAAUGGAAGCCAGGGUCAUCUAGCCAACAAAGAAAGUUAAGGUCACUUUACAACCAUCAACAAAGAAAAAAUAUCGACAACACUUUGAAUGACAAUAUAAUGGACUUUCAGACCCCUGCUCAAAAUUUCCCGGUGGCUUCGUCCUACGUAGAAGAUGUAACUUAA